AUGAGUAGGGUUACCCAUGCUUUACAUCCCGCCCCUUUCUCAUCAACUUGUUUAUGUAGAGGAAUCUGCAGCCCCUAUCCUGCAUAUGCGCCUGCCUUAAUACUCCUUCGAGGUCGCUGCUUGCUUGCUCAGCGUGGUUGUACCGCACUCUCUGCGGGGGGCGGUAGUCCUACUAGGGACUCGGCAAUAGUCUUGUUCAGCACGCUCAGAAAUAUUAGCUCGGGCAGAGUGAACCGCGGUUCGAUUGUUGCUUCUACUUCAGCAUCCUCAGCUGAGGCUGCCGCUGCAGUAGAUAAAAACCUCUCUUUCAAGGGCAUAUCGCAUGUAAGCGAGAUCGCGCCUGUAGAAGAGGAUGUCCAGCAGCCAACUUCCGCUCCUGGAUGCGCUACUCGGGGCUCUAGGCCCGUACGGGAGGCUCAUCACUCAGCAGCAUUUGCACUGGACUCUGCCGAGGGUCAAGAUGGCAACAAGGGUUUUAUGCCUUUUCCUCACAGAUUCUCUACUAAAGACCAUAUAGGUGCUCAGGUAGCAGGGGAAUCGAAGUCCCACACUGGAGGACUCCUCUCCCCUUCUCUGGCGCCCAUCCGUAAAUCCAUUUGCCUAACCAAGAGCGACAGAGUGGUUUCUAUUUGCUGUUUGUCUCUUCGGGACCAACAAUGUUUAGUCUCAAGGGAAACGAAACCUGCUAAAAUGUUUGUUAACCUCGUGCCUACGGCAGUCCGACUCAACAACAAUGAGUUAAGUGAAGUCCCCGAUCUCCAUGUGCACCUCUUGCGGGUCCUACCGCGUGCCUCUGAGAAUCUCCGAUGGCUAGACCUGUCUUUCAACAAGCUGAAAAGCAUUCCUUCUUCCCUAGACGCGUUGAGGGGCCUUGCCUGCCUCUACCUGCACUGCAAUGAGAUCCAGGACCCAGCAGGUCUCCUAUUGCUGCGGCAAAAUGCAAACCUAAAAUUCUUAACACUGCUGGGCAAUCCCUGCUGCAACCAAGGUCGAAGUGGUGAAUUUCGCACAGAGACAAACACACCGGCGCAACAGCCUAAGGGCAGACAGACAGGGCAGAGACAACUGGAGGCAGAAAGGAGAAAGCACGCUAGUAAAGCAAUGGUGUUGAAAAAGGGAGGGAAACGACGCAGUGGUAGGCAGGUAAGGGGAGAUAUAAGAGAGGCGGGAUCAGUCCUUCGCUUUGACAUGCACAUGCCGCAUGCGGUUGUUGGCUUCGAAAACAGGAUUGCUGUUGCCGCCGCGCUACCGCAUCUUCGGUCCCUGGACCACACAGCGUUCUCUGGAGACGAGAGGGAAGCAGCUUGCUUCCUCAACCCAGAAAAAUUCUUUCAGCGGAAGCCAAAGAGGAAAGAUUGUAACGAGGAAAAGAAGCAGUGGCGGUAG